CUAAAUCAUUUUAAAAUGUUAAUUUCUAUAGACUAGGAUUCGGGUAUUAACUUUCUCUCUUUUCUCUCUCUUUAGUCAGUUAGAGUUGGCAGCAGAUAAGCACGCAGAUCUCAUCACAUUUAAACUAGAAAUGAUGGGAACACCAACAACCACUACCUCAUUUAAAAGUUGGUUAAAAUGCCCAAGUUUCCAAAACAACAUCAUCAUGCAUCAUCGUGGUGGUGGGACUGACUUUCCUCUGAAUCAUCAAUAAUUCACGUCUUUUUACUAGCUCUGUUACAUGUGGAGUCUGAUUCACUUUGCUUCCUUGUCAUAUUUCCUAUUUGAGCCGUAGUGGCUAUAGUGAACGAGCGAGCAGCGACGUUGCGACUUUAAACUCUUCCUUCAAUCUCAAACCCUAUCGUAUUCCCACUUUUGCAGAGAUUUUGUGGUUAUGGCAGCGAAGUUUCUGACGCUGGCGUGUAUUCGGAAUGAGAGCUUCGGAGGUCUGUCGCCGAGGCCGCACUACCCCUCGAUGCCCAAGUAUCCCAAGGGGGUGUCGGAGACGGAGAGGGAUGUGGAAGGGUCGGAAGCGAAGGCGGUGUUUUCGGUGAUUGGAAUGACGUGCUCGGCGUGCGCGGGAUCGGUGGAGAAGGCCGUCAAGCGGUUGCCGGGGAUUCGGGAGGCGGUGGUUGAUGUUUUGAAUAGUAGGGCUCAGGUCAUGUUUUAUCCUUCUUUUGUUAACGAGGAGACAAUUCGUGAGACCAUUGAAGAUGUGGGGUUUCAGGCCACAUUGAUUCAAGAUGAGACAAAUGAGAAAUCCAUUCAAGUAUGCCGAAUCCGCAUAAAUGGAAUGACCUGCACUUCUUGCACCUCAACUGUUGAAUCUUCUCUGCAAGCACUGCAUGGUGUGCAAAAGGCUCAAGUUGCAUUAGCAACUGAGGAGGCCCGAGUUCAUUAUGAUCCUAAGAUCAUCAACCACAACCAGCUAUUGGAAGCCAUAGAAGAUGCUGGGUUUGAAGCCAUACUUAUUAGUGCUGGGGAAGACAUGAGCAAGAUUCAGAUUAAAGUUGAUGGAGUUGGCACUGAUAAUUCAAUGAGGAUACUCGAGAAUUCUCUCCGAGCACUCCCAGGGGUUCAAGAUAUCGACGUUGAUCCUACAGUCCGUAAAUUUUCCCUUUCCUACAAACCAGAUGUGACGGGCCCCAGAAACCUUAUCAAUGUGAUUGAGUCAACUGGAACUGGCCGUUACAAGGCAGCAAUAUCUCCAGAAGGAGGAAGAGAAGUUCAUAGAAAGGAGGAGAUUAAGCAAUAUUAUAGAUCCUUCCUAUGGAGUUUGGUCUUUACAAUUCCAGUAUUCUUAACUUCCAUGGUCUUCAUGUAUAUCCCUGGUCUCAAGCAUGGAUUAGAUACCAAAGUGGUGAAUAUGCUGAGCAUUGGAGAGAUUUUGAGGUGGGUAUUAUCCACCCCAGUACAGUUUGUUAUUGGGCGGCGAUUCUACACUGGCUCCUAUAAAGCACUGCGCCAUGGUUCUGCCAAUAUGGAUGUUUUGAUUGCCUUGGGAACAAAUGCUGCCUAUUUUUAUUCUGUCUAUUCUGUGUUGAGAGCUGCUACUUCUGAGGACUUCAAGUCCACAGAUUUCUUUGAAACGAGCUCCAUGCUCAUUUCAUUUAUUCUUCUUGGGAAAUACUUGGAGGUUUUAGCCAAGGGAAAGACAUCUGAUGCCAUUGCCAAGCUUAUGGACCUGUCGCCUGAGACUGCAAUUCUGUUAGCCCUGGACAGUGAAGGAAAUGUGAUUAAUGAAGAGGAAAUAGAUAGUCGGUUGAUACAAAAGAACGAUGUGAUUAAAAUUCUUCCUGGUGCAAAAGUAGCUUCAGAUGGUUUUGUUAUUUGGGGGCAAAGCCAUGUCAAUGAGAGCAUGAUAACAGGAGAAGCCAGGCCUGUGGCAAAGAGGAAGGGUGACACAGUGAUUGGAGGGACUGUGAAUGAGAAUGGGGUAUUACAUAUUAAGGCAACACGGGUUGGAUCAGAAAGUGCUCUUUCACAGAUUGUUCAGCUUGUUGAGUCAGCCCAGAUGGCUAAAGCUCCUGUGCAGAAAUUUGCAGACCGCAUCUCUAAAUACUUUGUUCCUUUGGUUAUUGCCCUUUCAUUGUCAACUUUUCUUGCCUGGUUUUUAGCUGGAAAGUUCCAUGGAUACCCAAAAUCUUGGAUACCAUCUUCCAUGGAUAGCUUUCAGCUUGCACUCCAAUUUGGGAUCUCUGUCAUGGUCAUAGCUUGCCCAUGUGCUCUAGGCCUUGCAACUCCUACUGCUGUUAUGGUUGGCACUGGUGUCGGUGCUUCUCAGGGAGUCCUCAUCAAAGGCGGUCAAGCAUUAGAAAGUGCACAUAAGGUGAAUUGCAUUGUGUUUGACAAGACAGGGACCCUCACAGUUGGGAAGCCUGUAGUUGUUAACACAAGGCUCUUUAAAAAUAUGGUACUCCAAGAAUUCUAUGAACUUGUUGCGGCCACUGAGGUGAACAGUGAGCACCCACUGGCUAAGGCCAUUGUGGAGUAUACUAAGAAAUUCAGAGAAGAUGAAGAGAAUCCCACUUGGCCAGGAGCAAAGGAUUUCGUCUCCAUUACUGGCCAUGGUGUGAAAGCCAUUGUUCGCAACAAAGAGAUCAUAGUGGGCAACAAGAGCUUGAUGUUAGACCAGAAGAUUGUCAUUCCAGUUGAUGCUGAAGAUAUGCUGGAAGAAAUUGAAGCAAUGGCUCAAACUGGGAUUCUGAUAUCGAUAGAUGGGGAGCUGACUGGAGUUCUAGCCAUAUCUGAUCCACUGAAGCCAGGUGCUCGUGAUGUGAUAUCCAUUCUCAAGUCUAUGAAGGUUAAGAGCAUCUUGGUGACAGGUGACAACUGGGGAACUGCAAAUUCCAUUGCUCAGGAGGUUGGGAUUGAAACUGUCAUCGCUGAAGCCAAACCUGAGCACAAAGCAGAGAAAGUGAAGAAUUUACAGGCGUCGGGCUAUACCGUGGCAAUGGUUGGAGAUGGCAUCAACGACUCACCAGCUCUUGUUGCUGCAGAUGUUGGAAUGGCGAUUGGUGCAGGCACAGACAUUGCCAUCGAGGCAGCAGACAUUGUUCUCAUGAAAAGCAACUUGGAAGAUGUGAUAACCGCCAUCGACCUUUCCAGAAAAACAUUUUCCCGUAUCCGCCUGAACUACAUUUGGGCACUAGGCUAUAAUCUCCUCGGCAUACCAAUUGCAGCUGGGGCUCUCUUCCCGUCUUCUGGAUUCCGUUUACCACCAUGGAUUGCUGGAGCUGCCAUGGCAGCCUCUUCCGUCAGUGUUGUUUGCUGUUCUCUUCUGUUAAAGUACUACAAAAGACCCAAGAAGCUGGAUGCCCUUGAGAUGCAGGGAGUAAGGAUCGAGUGAUUGAUCCUAAUGGUGUUGAUUCCACUUUGUGUAUACUGUGCAGCAAGAAGUUUGCCUAGGAAUAAGGAAGCUGGAUGCCAUUGAGAUGCAGAUAUGUUGAGUGAUUCAUACCUGUGCUCUUGAUUUCAGCUUUAUUAUGCCAUGCAGAAGUGCAGUUAGCCUAAGAAUAAGAUUGAAGACAAUGAUAUCUAGAUAUAAAUAAGGUUGGUUGGUUAUUAAUUCAUGUACAUAAGAAUGUUGUCCUGAAGAACAGAAGUAAAAUGUAUUUUCCCGCAAAUGAAAGAAGAUGCUAUCCCGUAGAGCAGUAGUAAAA